AUGAUAAACAUCCAACUAACAUUAUUCCUUAUUGUCUCCUGUCACUUGUGCAGCUUUGUCACCACCAAUGGUGAAACACUCUACUCUCUAGUGGGUGUAACCAAUGUCAACAUUACAGUAGUUGACCAAACUGAUGCCUCUUUAAAGUCUUUGGUCCAAAUCAAAGACAUGACUCUCUUUCCAGAACAAUGCAUGUCGACAUUGGUAACUACUAUCAAUAAUGCUGACAACCUGAUGUACGUUAUCAUCUCCAGCUUGGCCGACAUCUUUGUUUUUGACCAAUCUCUGUUGAUCUUUGAUCUCAAUACCAACACGGUUAUCAACAUGACUCACAUAGUUAGCAAUGCAGAACAAACCAUCAAUAUCCUGGAGAUUGACUACAACAGUCAAAUGAAUGUCCUCAACUGUCUGUUCUUUGACACCUUUAGCAACAACACCAUGGUUGGACAUCUGGACUUGAAUGCCAAACUUGUCAUCUACGAUACACUUCCUCCAAUGGAUGAGGAGGACUUUGGAUAUCUAACUGCUGGCUACUACCCACCAACCAACCAAUACUUGGUUGGAGUACCAAUAUGGACUGAUGACUAUUCUACAUUACUAAUGACGUUGAACCAGUAUGAUGCCUCCACUGGCAAGUUAGUAUCCUCAAGGAAUACGAACAAUUGUAAGUAG